GAAAGCCAUAGCUGGGGCAUUCUAUAAUCUCUUACCGUAUUGCUACGACGAAUGCGCUCUCGCGAAAGCCAAUUUCUACGUUGAGGUGGUUCGCCGGAGUCCUAAAUCGUCGGCUGAGAGCCGGCUCGUACCUGAAGCUUGAGGCCUGCUUCGAAGCUUAAGCUUGGAGCCCGACCAACUUCAUAGGACUGCCCGGCAAUAUGUAUCUCCUUUUGCUGAUUCGUGCCUUUCACAGGCGUACGCGUCCUCCGCGGCAUCUCUUGCAUGACGCAGCUACGGCUGAGUUACUUCAUCAUCUGCAGUAUGCGCCGUCUUCGCCGAGUCUGCGACGUUCGCCGUUAUCAUUGAUACCAUGACUCAGCUUCGAGCGGGCUGCAUAUAUAACACCGCGCACCGACGACAUCGACGAGGUAACCUCAGCAGGUCUCAGUGUGCCCAAGUUGCCCACCACAGAAAAUGUCGGCUGCUACCACGACCUUGAAGAAAAUGCCGUAUGUUCGCCUUGGAACCUCUGGGCUGAAGGUGUCCAAGAUCAUUCUUGGCACAAUGCAGUAUGGGCACAAGGGUUGGCAAAACUGGCUCAUUGACGACCAGCAGGAAGUCACAGAGCACAUCAAAUAUGCAUACGAGCAUGGCAUCAAUGCUUUCGAUACCGCCAACGUGUAUUCCAAUGGCUUGUCCGAGAUUAUGCUUGGCAAGGCUAUCAAAGAGCUGAACCUCCCUCGGGACGAAAUCGUCGUCUUGACAAAGGUCUAUGCGGCCGUUGCCAAAGAAUACGGUACCCCAAUUACCGCGGUGCGCGGCAAGGAGGAUGCCAUAGGUUUGGUCAAUCAGCACGGCUUGAGCCGGAAACACAUAUUUGACUCCGUCAAGCACAGCUUGAAGCGUCUCCAGCUGGACUAUAUCGACGUCUUACAAUGCCAUCGAUUCGAUCCUGAGACGCCGAUCGAGGAGACCAUGCACGCCCUGCACGAUGUCGUGAAGGCUGGUUACGUCCGUUACAUUGGAAUGAGCUCCUGCUACGCGUACCAGUUCCAGGCUAUGCAAAACUACGCCAUCAAGAACAACUUAACGCCGUUCAUUUCCAUGCAGAACCACUAUAGCGCUAUCUACCGUGAAGAAGAGCGUGAAAUGUUCCCUACUCUCAAGAUGUUCGGCGUCGGGUCCAUUCCCUGGUCACCUCUCGCUAGAGGGCUGAUCACCAGACCACUCAACGAGCAGACACUGCGUGGCGAGACUGACUGGUUCAUCAAGAGCUACAUGCAAGGGCCAGGCACUACGGACAUAAUCAGCAGGAUCGAGGAAAUCGCAAAGAAGCGAGGUGUUAGCAUGGCUCAGGUCAGCAUAGCUUGGAUUUUAAGCAAAGAGGGGGUCUCUGCGCCGAUCGUCGGCACCACGAAGCUGAAGAACUUGGAAGACAUCAUUGGUGGCGUGCAUCUGCAGCUCACGGCGGAGGAGAUUGCGCAUAUCGAGGAGCCGUACAAGCCUGUGGCCAUUAUAGGUCAUUAAAUCCAACCGUACAUGAUACGACGAUAUAUCACGGGUUUCGUCCAAGACAUCUCAUAUUGCAGGAUGUAAAGCAGGGCAAUACUGCAAUCCAUGACGGGCGCAACGGUAUACAUUCAGAGCGGUCUCACAGGAGUGAAUAGAAACAAUGUGUAAUAGCUCACAGCAGAUCUAAACUACUGAAACAUACUACAAGAUUAUCUAAAGCGCUAGCCAAUUCGGUAUCCUCUAUGAGCAUGACAAAGAAAUCCACUCCUGAGCCUUUUGAUUCGCUUUUUUGCC